AUGGGCCGCGGCCGGGGCUUGCCCAUCACCUCGGGCGAUCCGAACGUCCCCGACGAGUACGGCGACAUGGCGCUCGUCGGCGCCGCGCGGUCGGGCCAGGUCGGCGUCAUCCGCGUGCUGCUGGCCCACGGCGCGAAGACGGGCAUCCAGGACGGCUUCGGCUGGCUGCCCCUGAGCGCCGCGGCGUCGCGGGGCCACGUCGAGGCCGUCGAGGUGCUCGUCAAGGAGGGCAAGGCCGACAUCGACGCGCAGGCCCAGGACCGCCUGACGGCGUUGAUGUGGGCGGCCAGAGCGGGGCGCCUCGAGGUCAUCCGGUGCCUGUUGAAACUCGGCGCGAACCUCGACCUGCGACGGGACGCGCGCGACGACGACGACCCCGAGGACGCGGAGUGGACCGCGCGACGGCACGGCAAGGAGGACGCCGCGAACCUCCUCGCGGACGUGCGCGCGGCCGGCGGCUGGAAGAAGUUCGCGCGCGAGCCCGGCCGCGUGCGGAAGACGCUCCAGUAUAUCUUCGGCGGCGGGCGGCCCAAGCCGGACAAGCGCGCGACGAUCUAG